AUGGAUUCCUCAUCAGGAAGAAAUCUGACAUCUUUUAGGGACGAAACCUCCGAUCCUACGACCUUCAAACCAUAUGAUCCUUCAACCCUAGACGAUGCGCGCUUCAUCCCGAACGCCCUGGACUUUGCCUACCGAGCGUUCUUGGCCGACAAUGCCGUGACAUUAUCGGUCCCUCCAGUAUUUUCGAAUGCGCAAGCCGUGGAUAGCGCUUCAUACGCCGGCCGGGGCGCAAGCUUCACCGUGUAUCGACGUCGCAUCCCGCCCCAGAAGCCCCUAACGUCGGUUACAAACAUGGAUGGCCUCUUGAUCGAGAUUAGAGAUAAACGCAAGCUGCCGGAGGUAGUAGCCUACAAAGUGGCUGUCAUCGAGUUUUCGGAUAAAGGUGAAGCCACUCAAACGUCCCGGCACGCCAUAGACGCGGCAAUCAUGGAGCUCUAUCUCUCGACGCACCGCCCGAUUUUGCAACACCCCAAUCUAGUCGACUUUCUUGGAUUGGCGUGGGGCGCAAACCCGUUUAAUUCUUUGCAGAAACUACCGGUUCUCAUGGUGGAGUUUGCGGAAUAUGGGAGCCUCUGGCAGCUGCAACAGAGGGAGUAUCUCGGCGUAGAGACUCGGCGUAAGCUCUGCCUUGAUGUCUGCAAAGGUCUUCAUAUGCUUCAUUCAUGCGGUAUCGUUCAUGUUGACGUCAAGGCGCAGAAUGUCUUAAUAUUCGCAGACGCGGAACACAAGUACAGAGCAAAAGUGAAUGACUUCGGCUACUCCCAGGUAAUAAGCACUGAAAGGAGCAGCCUCUUACUAGGAGGAACCCGGCCGUGGAAAGCCCCCGAGGCGAAGAAAGCAGUCAAGGCAUCAGACGCAAAGUAUACCGACAUAUACUCAUUGUCCCUUUUCAUCUGGUGUACAUUCGCACAUGGUCAAAACAUUUUCAAACUCCUCGUGGACCCAUCCAAGCAGGGCGAAGAAUUCUACGCGGAAGCGGAGAAAUUGAAGGAGACUGAAGAACUAGCUGCCCAGACAGAUAUUUCUGCAUGGUACUUGAAAGCCAUUAGGGCCACUACUUAUGGCGACAGCGGCCAGUUCCUCCAGCACUUCCAGUCUCUCCAGCAGCAGAUGCAGCAGAACAACGCACAGGCCAACCGACCAGCGGUUGACAUUGACGACAUUGAAAAGAUUCUAUGUUCCAUUCCACCCAUGUUUUUCCAAGCGUUGGAGCCACUGAAGGAACAGCUGAUCGUAAUAGUUCAACGUUCGGGCUUGUACGAUGCGAUGAAAAGAGCUGUAACAAUAGGAUUAUCGAAUGAACCACACCAAAGAGACCUCCAACAAAUCAUGGUCGCCCUGGGCCACAUUGGUUCGUUUACUCAGGAUAGUGCGGAGCCGAAUCAAGUGUUGAAAUCGAACCUGAAUCAACAUCUUUUCACGUGGCGCCACUGGACGGGGAUGGACCCUUCUGUUCAGAAGUACCUCACAACAACAUACAUCCAAAGAGGCGAGGGUGAGGCUGAGAAAGGUAUGAUAAACCCACCGGAGGCAUUCCUCCUUACAGCUCUCUACAUCAACGGGUACGGUGUAGACAAGGAUACAUCACAAGCAUCCAGAUGGCUCUUUCAUGCCUGGGGAGCGAAACAUCCACUGGCGUCAGCAUACGGAUACCGAAUCGCGCGUGCCAUCGGGCUUACGUUCGAUAACACAGACGGCGUAGUCGAAACCCUGGAACUAAUGGCCCUGCGUGGUUCAAGAACUGCCCUCGAAGAUCUCGCCAUGCUCUCCAAGGACACCUACCAGAAAACGAGGAAAACUAUCCGUGACGUCCUCGCAGGCACAGGCGCGAAUUUCUUUUUCAAGACAGAAAUGCUUCACGGAUUUGCUCACAAUAUGUGGAUCAGAACUUUUGAAAACAUUCCCAUCUUGCUAGAGAACUUUUCUCAGCUCAAUUCCAUCGCCGACUACACGGCUAACAAGAGAGGUGACCGUAUCCUUCACGUGGCCGCAAGUUGCGGUCAAACAGAAGCCAUUGGGGCUCUCCUGAAUCACUUUCCCUCACUUGAAGUUAAUCAGCUCAACGACCAAGGCGAGACGCCGCUUCUGUGUGCUUGCCGCGCAGGCCAUCAUGAUACGGUCUUGUGGCUCACUUCGAAUGGAGCAACCGCGUCGGUGGCACGGAAUGGCGAGUCUCCGCUUCACUGGCUGAUAUCCUUUGAUGAUCAAGAGAUCGAAAGCGUUGGACCAGCACUGAUCCAAGCCGGCGCGGAUGUAAAUGGCAAGACUACCACGUUCAUAGCGUACCAAGGCGCGUUUCCGGCAUCGCUAGAUAUUGAUCGGCUUCCGGAAGGUUAUCCAAUCGGAUGGGCGACUCACUGUGACCGUCCCAAAAUUGUCAAAUUCUUGUUGUCCCACACCGCCGAUCCGAGGAUGUGCAAUACAUCGUGGCCUCAUGCAAGAAGUGCUUUGGAAAUUGCAGCAUCUCAGCUUCGUUCAGAAUGCUUGGAGUUGAUGAUCCAUGCCAUCGAGCAAUUCAACCUCGAACAAGGGGCAGACAAACACGGGGGCUUCUUGGUGACAAGCCUCCUUCAGCAGGCUGUUUACGGCAGCAGCCUAUUCGACAUGAUCCUAUACCAUGGGUCGAGAUACCAACAGGCGAUGGAAUCAACAUUCCAGUGUCUAUUGCCAAGGACCAGCAGGGUUGCCUCCCCCCAAGGCUACGGCGGCUUCAACCAAACGCUUCUCUAUUUGGCCAUCUCACUAGCCAGAGAUGAAUUGGUUGAAUACCUCCUCAAGAACGGAGCUGACGUCAUGAAAGCUGGAGAAAACUACGAUGAAGAAGUGCUUCAAUCCCAAGACGUUGGUGCGUUCAAAACGGCUGACAUUAACCGCGAUUGCGGCGUUGACCUGCGAACGCCGCUCCUAGAGGCAGUUCGAUGGAAUCGUCCCACCAUGGUCAAUCUUCUCCUUGAGCAUGGAGCACACACCACGGGAGCUUCUAAAAAUCCCUUUAGUGGACAAGCUUCAACGUGGACCGCGCUCCAUGUCCUGGCGUACGCAGGACAAAACGAUACGCGACUGGUCCAACCCCUUCUCGACCACGGCGCGCCUCUUAAUGGCUUCCCGGACGAAUUAGGCAGAACCGAAUCCCCGCUACUCGUCGCCGUGCAGAACGAUCAAUUUCAACUCGCUGAAUGCUUUAUAUCGCAUGGCGCUGAUAUCAACUCGACCAGCCUGAGCAGCGGCCACCUGAGCUUCACAAACCCCACAACCAUCUUGGGCCAUAUCAUCGCCUCCAACGCGCGAAAUUCAAUCUCACGUCUCCGCUACCUCCUUGGCAGUGCAGACUGCUUGAAUUUCAUUGUCGAGACAACCCGGCAGUGGACGGCGCUCCACCGCGCCGCAGCCGCUCACAUCGACGCCGAGUUCCGCGGUACAGAUGCAACCGAGGCGGCUGAGCUGGACUGGACCGACAUCGACUGGGGUGCGAACCGCGAGAUUAUGAACGAGCUACUAUUACAGUUUAAUGAUCCGAAACAGCUUGAUGCUGUUGAGGAAAGCUUGGGGCUAACGGCGAUGCACCUGGCAGUUCUUGCGGGUAAUGAUGCCGCAGUGAAACUGCUUCUUGACAAGGGUGCCCGCAGAGACAUGCCGAGUGCAGAUGGCCAGGGACCGACAGCCGCUGAUAUGGCACUUGGAAUACAGAUGGAGAGGUUGUCUCUGAACGAAGGGGGGGCCCGGCCUGGCGAGAAGGAGUUGGCGGCUCGGAAGAGGUGUAAUGAGCUUCUAAAUCCGCGAGCCCAGCCUGCAGCAUGA